AUGUUACGGAACCACUCCUUACUAUGGGCCAGACAUGCAUCUGGACUAGCGCUGCGGCAGCAGAUAGCUUCCAAAUUCUGCUUCCCUACAGCCACCCAUUCUGUAAAAGAUAUAAAAAGUCCCACUGACCGCCCUAUUACCAUUCACGGCCAUCUCCAUCGAAAGCCUAGAAUCCAUGCCAAAAGGACGUUUGCUGAGCUUAGAGAUGAAGAAGGCAAUACCAUACAAAUACACAUGGCCCCAGAAUUCACUGACCAGGCGCUCAUUGACUUGUUGGCGUCCAGUGGACCUGAAGAUUCUGUGGUUGUAAGUGGUAAGAUCCAAGAGAAACCUCCUAAAAAGGGCAGCACUGCUACCGAGUACGAGGUAGCUGUCUCGCAUUUCCAAAACCUCAACAGUGGAGGAAUUGACGCUGCUCAAUUGGACAAAUUGAAACAUGCAAACCCCAGUCAAAUUCCGCCUCAGUUCAGGUAUCUCCAGCUCAGGACUCCGUACUACCAGAACGCAUUGCGCACAAGAAGCAAGGCUGUCAAUUACAUCAGAAACUUGCUCAUAGAAAAAUUCAAUUUCUUGGAGAUUGAUACUCCGCUCUUGUUCAAGUCUACUCCAGAGGGCGCCCGUGAGUUUCUUGUUCCAACCCGCUCUCCCGAUAGAUUUUAUGCGCUUCCACAGUCACCGCAGCAGUACAAACAAAUCCUCAUGAGCUCUGGUUUCUCGCGCUACUUCCAGAUCGCUCGUUGCUUCCGUGAUGAGGACUUGCGUGCUGAUCGCCAGCCGGAGUUCACACAAGUGGAUUUAGAAAUGAGCUUCGUAAACGAUAAAAGACAAGUCAUGAAAGUCAUUAAUUCGGUAAUUUCUGAUCUUUGGAAUAAGGUUGGUAACAAACCAAUUUACACUUUGAAUGAAGAUUCUCACUUAAUAAGGGUGUUCUCUGAUACGCAAGACCCCGCCACUUUUAACCCAGUCACUUACGAAGAAGUCUUGUCUAAGUAUGGCAUUGACAAGCCUGACCUCCGCUCUUCGCUUUCAUUCGUUGAUUUGCUGAAUCACUUCAAACCAACGAAGAACUCAGAUUCAUUCGGUGUUCUUGAAGCCUGCGUUCUCAGGCAUGCUUUUGACCCAGCCCACAACUACAAGAUUCCGCGGAGUUUGACGUCCGAUGAGAAUUACAAAGCCAGAAAACCAAUUGUGAUUGCCAUAAAGACUCCAGAAGAUGUUAAGCAAUGGUACAGAAAGUUCGUGGAUAAGAAUGUUUUGCAGAUGAAUGAUCACUUUGAUGAGCAUGAACUAUUUAAAAAACUCAAUCUUGCACCUGGCGAUAUAUUGGCCUUCUCGUCAAGAGCUAGACGCUCCUACGAAAACCCUACACCACUUGGUAGAUUUAGACAAAUAUCAAUCGAGGAAUUCCCUGAUAAGUGGAACCGUCCAAUCGUUCAAGAAGAUGGAUCUUUGGAGAUCAACUAUGAUCGCUCUGAGAUUUCCGUUGGCUCGUGGGUGAUAGACUUCCCUUUGUUUAGCCCUGUCGAAAUGGAAUCUCAAGAUAAGGACUUCCCAGUAUACAGCGAAAGUGCCAUUGAAUCAACGCAUCACCCAUUUACAAUGGCAAACUUGGAAGACUACGAUUUAUUAGAGCAUGACCCACUUGCUGUCAGAGGUGAGCAUUAUGAUUUCGUCUUGAACGGUGUCGAAGUUGGUGGAGGGUCUCGGAGAAUUCAUGACCCACUGAUUCAAGAAUAUGUCUUCAAGUCAGUCCUUAAAAUUAACAACCAUGAACAAUUAUUCGGCCAUCUUUUGAAGGCUUUAGCGAUGGGAUGCCCACCGCAUGCUGGUAUUGCGCUUGGUCUUGACAGACUAUGCGCCAUGCUCGUUGGCAGCCAGAGCAUCAGAGAUGUCAUUGCUUUCCCUAAAAACCAAUCGGGAACGGACCCUGUUGUUGAAAGCCCUACCGAUGUCCCCACUAAGACUCUCAGAGAAUAUUACAUUCAAAAAUUGUAG